GUUUAAUUUAACUGUGGUAAAGAUGAAAAUCAUUUGUAGUGCAUUAUUUUUUGUAAUUUUAAUCAAUUAUUCAGUUCAGAUGGCUGAAAUAAAGAUUGCAACUUAUGAGGAGAUUAAAGACCUUCCAAAUCAUCCAGAAAAGCUGUUGAUUGAUGUUCGGGAACCUCAGGAAUUGGAAAGUACAGGCAGAAUUCCUACCUCAAUUAACAUUCCACUUGAUGAAGUAAGAAAAGCAUUUUCUGAUGAAAUAUCUGAGCAGGAGUUUGAGUUAAUGUAUGGCGUUAAAAAACCAAAGAAGGAUGAUUACUUAAUUUUCAGUUGUCGUACUGGCAGAAGAUCACUCAAAGCUAUCAAUGAAAUUAUUCCGUUGGGCUAUUGGAACUUAACAUUCUUAACUUGUGUAAAUAUUUUCCUUAAUUAUUUAGUCGCAAAGGUGUCGGAUGCAUUAAAAUUGGAUGGUAAAAAGUUCAAUGAAAUUUAUGAUCGCGAAAAGCCUGGUUUAGAUGAUGAAAUUAUAUUCAGUUGCUUGCUUGGUGGUAGAGCCCAAAAAGGAGCUACCAUUGCUGUGGGUCAUGGAUUCAGAAACGUGAAAAACUAUAGAGGAAGUUGGACUGAAUAUGCCACCAAAGAGGGACUAAAAGUUGAGUAAUUGAUGCUUUUUAUGCUGAACAUCGGUGCAUUACAUGGUUUUUUUGUUUGUAUUUAACAGUAUUUUAAUGUCAUGAAUGAAUUUUAAUUCAUGCUUUAUAUUUUUUGAACCAUUUUUAAAAAGAUUAAAUUUUCGCAUCCAAAAAAGCAAGCAAGAA